GCCAUUACAAUCUCAGAUAGUGCAACAUUGGACCGCGAACUGACAAAAUUUGGCCACUAACAAUAUUCUUGUUGACGAAUAUAGUAAUGGCCAUGUCACAAAUACAUGAAAAUGUGCUCCGUGAAAGAGAAACUCUUAUAGAAAAGGAACUAAAAAUGAUGGUUGGACAUUCAAUUGAACUCAGUGACAGUGAAUUAAAAGCUAAUGAAAUAAUAAUGGACCUUAAGCGUGAAGAAAUAGAUUACGGUUUCCGGAAUCCCAAAGAUUUUAAUCUAUCGAAGCAUUUCUUCGAAUAUAAGGAGCAGGUGAAAGACACUAAAUUGUACAAAAUACUGAAGAGUAUGCCUAAAGGCGCAAUGCUGCAUGGCCACGACACAGCUAUGCUGGGUCCAGAUUACGUGGUUGGACUAACUUAUUAUGACGACCUGUGGAUGUGUUUCAAUGAAGACGAAUCCGAUGUAAGCUUUAUUUUUUCGAAACACCGCCCUACUGGAUUGUGUGGGACUAAAUGGGAAAGAGCAAAGGAUAUGAGAGAAAAUACUAAUGUUACAGAAUUUGAUGCAAAACUUAGAAAAUUCUUUACACUUGUGAUUGACAAUCCCCGAGAAGUUUAUACCGAUGUGAAUACAGUAUGGGAAUAUUUCUUGAAGUAUUUUAUCCGCACGGGACCUCUAUUCACUUACAAACCAGUGUGGGAGAAGUAUUACUACGAUACAUUGCUUGCUUUAAGAGAAGACAACGUCAUGUACAUCGAAAUAAGAAGUAUAUUACCAACAUUGUACGAUUUGGAAGGCAACACUUAUACCCCAGUAGACACAGCCAAAAGUUACAAGCAAGUCACAGAAAAAUUCAAGAAAGACUAUCCAGAUUUCUUUGGAGCAAAAUUGAUUUAUUCUGCUAUAAGAUCAGUGGCCAAGGAAACUAUUAAAAACUAUAUUAAAAUAGCUAAAGAAAUUCAUGAGCUGAUGCCUGAUUUCCUUGCGGGUUUUGAUUUAGUCCGUCAAGAGGAUUUGGGAAGGCCUUUGAAGGAAUUUUAUCCCGAACUAGCAAGUAUUGGCCUGAAUUUGUACUUCCAUGCAGGAGAAACGAAAUGGUAUGGCACAAGUACAGAUGAGAACUUAUUUGAUGCUAUUCUUCUUGGCACAAAGAGGAUCGGGCAUGCAUUUGCUUUAGUGAAGCAUCCUUUGUUAAUGGAAGAAGUCCAGAAGAAACAGAUAGCUCUAGAGGUCAAUGUGAUAUCAAAUCUUAUUUUGAAGUUAGUCGAUGAUCCAAGGAAUCAUCCGUUAGCUACGUACUUGAGUCAAGAUAUGCCUGUAGUUCUAUCGGGCGAUGAUCCAGGUCCUUGGGAAGCUGAGGUUAUGACUCACGAUUUUUAUGUUACAUUUGUGGGAGUGUCCAGUCGACAUGCAGAUCUUAAAAUGUUGAAGCAGUUGGCUUUGAAUUCUCUAUACUAUAGUUCGUAUAGUGAAAAGGAUAAAUUGGUGCAUGAGUUUGAAAUCCGUUGGGGAAAAUUCAUUGAUUCAGUUCUUAAAGAUGGACCAGAUCGCGUUCAUGUUUAGAAUUUGAUUGUGUAUUUGCUAUGUUAUUGCUUUUUUCUGCUGUUGUCUAAAUUAUAUUAAUUUGAUUUGUAA